GGUAUCGUUAAAGAAGGACUAGGGCGUCAAUAGUUUUUCUACGAGAAAGCAAUGGAAGAGAACACUGACGAUUUUUACCUAAAAACACAGAAAAAUCAAGCCCGGCCAGCUGAAACUGGGCUGCAUAAAUACAGACUGUUGGAGAAAAGAAGAGGAAGAUGAGUAUUACAAGAGUAAUAUUGCUUGACAAGAAUGACACUCAAGUAUCAUCUUCAGGCACUUUCAGUCCAGAAGGAGCAGCCAGGAAACAGCGUCAGGAGGAGGUCAACUGCCGCUGAAAGACUCCCGGUUAACAAACCAGAUGUCGUCAGACUCUCUUCACGCAGAGGCCGCAGUGGACUGCCAAGCCAAAGCAAACCCUUACAUAACCGUCACCAUGUUAUCGCGUUCUGAGACGUCCGCCAUCCUUUGCCACAGGCCAGUCUCCAAAGUCACGCAGGUGUCGCAAUACCUGAAGGAUGCACUUUUGUGCGAAGACUCAGAGCUGUGCUUUGAGGAAGUGCGAGCUAACAAGUAUCAAAAGCAGUCUCAGACUGAAAGCUGUAAGACGUCAGCUGAGCUCAAAGAAGACAAGGUGAGGAAUAAAAAAAAUAAUUCCAGAUUUCGGUGUGUGGAGCUCAGACUGACGCAGGCAAAAAUUACAUGCCAGACUCCUGCAGAAGAAAGGGUUGCAGGUGAAAAUCCUGAUCUUCACCGGGAGGACAUUGGGGGGAGUCAUGUCUUUCCUUGUAGAUCGUCUGCGGGCUUCGUUCAUGAGUCCAGUGUUCUACCUGAACCUUCUCAAAGAGCUGACAGCAACACUUGCAGCUCACAGGAAUUGCAUCAUCAUGUGCCCAUUGUGGAUGAUCAGAGUGUCACCGUGUCCAAAGACACUUCAGGGUUCAGAAACAAAAUAGCAGAAUCGGAAGAGACGCUGCAUGCAUCACAGGGAGGCACAACUGACGUGUCCGACAUGACUCCCAACAACUCAGUGGGUUCAACGCGGGUGCUGCCGUCUCCCACCGUCAACACACGAGAAGCGCUGGAUGUCAUCAUGGGCAUGUUUCAGGCCCCUUCUAACAACAUCUCAUCUUUCUUCGUCACUGAUGGGCCGUUGGAUGAAGCGACUUCAACAGAUGGCUCCUCCCAGCUCGCCAACGUGAGCGCCUCGCAGCCCUUCACCGUCUACCAAGAUGCUGCUGACAAAGAAAAUGUCAUGGCCGCCAGUGAGGCACACAGAAGUAAACGAGCCCGAUGCUUGGUUGAGCUCCCGCCGUCAAAUUGGAAGAAGUUGAGUGACAGUCCUCAGAACAAGACACCUGAUAUAACCACCAUGUGGGGCGCUCCUGCCAACGCGAUCAGUUGUCUGGCGGCGUGUCCCAACAGCACCGCUGAUUUCGCCGUGUCAGCACACUGCAUGUCCACGCCGUUCACGCACAAAGUUCCUGUCAACAUUUUCCAGGACGCAGCAGACAACGAGUGUGAUGCUACACAAACGGAUGAAAAUGCUUUCAUCAGACAUCAACACAAGCUCAGCCCCAUCAUUGAGCAGAGUCCGGACGACAAACUCUCUGACACCGCGGUUGGUGAGCACGUGACGUCCUCUGUGUCACAGUGCACCAUUGUGGGGGAGCUGCCCACUGCCAAUGUCCACCGUCACCUGACCACCUCCUCUACCACCGUGAUGCAGCCUCCACCGCCCGCUGUGUUGUCUUUCAGGGACCAGACGCUGGGCCCUUUUGACUCGUCUCGGACAAGUGGACUUAUCGGGGGCGUGUCCACUGACCUGCAGUCUUGUGCUGAGCCCCCCUUUGUCGGGGAGCCGUUUAGCAUCGUGGACGAUUUCAGACAAGGCUGCCAUCUUCCUGUGACGUCUGACCAGCCGUUAAUCAGAAGCCCCGCCCCCCCAGCCCAGCCAAACGUGGACGCUUUCCCGAGUCCAGGUCGUGGCCUAGAUGUCUGCAUGAGUCCAGAACCUCCGCGUGACGUGUCCAUCAACCUGACGCCACUAGCUUCUCCUGAUGAACACAUGGUUAGCCCAGAAAAAGACCCCGCCCCCCAGUCAAGACUCUCUCUGCUGGUGUCAGACCCGUGGAGCAGUGACCUCAUCGCCGAGCUCCUGUUAAAAAUGACCUCGCCUCUCACCUCGCACCCACGAUGCCACAACUGGCAACACAAGAUCCCAAACAUUAGUCCCAAGAUGAGCGUCAGUGUGGGAAACUCAUCCCUGCGAGUGGACCGCAUCCUCGGCCAAGGAGCGUUUGCUACGGUUUAUCAGGCUAGCCACACCGAGAGUUGCACCAAGAUGGUCCUAAAGGUGCAGAAACCAGCCAAUCCCUGGGAGUUUUAUAUUAAUACUCAGCUGGAUGCUCGUUUGGCGCCGCAAGUGCGCCACCUUUACAGCCGCGUUUACUCUGCUCACCUGUUUACUAACGGCAGUGUCCUGCUGAGUGAGCUGCAUCCCUACGGCACACUGCUGAACGCCGUCAACUUGUACAAGCAACUUGCCGACAAGGUCAUGCCUCAGCCUCUUGUCAUCUAUUUCACUGUCUGCAUCCUGCGAAUGAUGGAAGAACUACACGCCGCCUGCAUCAUCCAUGCCGACAUCAAGCCAGACAACUUCAUGCUCGCACACCGGUUUUUGGAGAACAACAAGUUUGAGUGUGAAGACUUUGAACACGGUCUAGUCCUGAUCGACUGGGGACAAAGCAUCGAUAUGAAAUGUUUCCGAGAAUGCACUGCUUUCACUGCCAAGUGUCUGACGUCAGGAUUCCAGUGCACUGAGAUGCUCAGCAGUAAACCUUGGAACUACCAGACGGACUACUUUGGGAUAGCAGGGACGGUGCACUGCAUGCUGUUUGGGAGCUACAUGAAGGUGGUGAAUGAAGACGGCGUGUGGAGAACCACCGCCAUGUUUCGAAGGAACCCUCACAGCGAGAUGUGGCUGAGCUUGUUUCACACACUGCUCAAUGUGCCUGACUGCAAUCCGCUGGCGAGUCUGAGCGCACUCCGACGCCGCCUGGCGUCCGUCCUGGAGGACAACUACGGCAGCAAGAUGGCGUCACUCAAGAGCCGUCUGGUGGUUAACCUGCUAGAGAGCGCCAAGGCCACUCGCAGAUGACUAACGACCACCCCUUGUGACUUUUUAGCUCAAUUGAUGCUAAUAAUGCAUAAACUUGAAUAAUGUUGCUUUCUGUUCAAUGACCAAACAAUAAAGAUUAUU